AUGCUUCGAUGCCGUAAUCUAUUCGAAGUCUACACCGAUAUAUGGUUCGUGUACAACAUCGCUUUCAUCUACUACGCGAUGGCCCGUCUGGAACUCGACGACACGCCCACAAGUAUCGCACGUAGGGACGUGACAGCAUUCUUCAGCCCACAGGACUGCGUCAGCUUUCUACGUUUCAAGCAGUCGCAAGUGAUCUACACCGAUAUAUGGUUCGUGUACAACAUCGCUUUCAUCUACUACGCGAUGGCCCGUCUGGAACUCGACGACACGCCCACAAGUAUCGCACGUAGGGACGUGACAGCAUUCUUCAGCCCACAGGACUGCGUCAGCUUUCUACGUUUCACGCAAUCGCAACAUCCCNUGGUUUUCGGGCUGAGCGAAUCGUGUAUCUGCGAAGCCUUCAACUGGAUGUUGCAUUUUCUAGACUUCAGGUGGGGGUAUCUGCUGUCCCUCGACGUGGCACGCCUGCAGCUGCACCUGAUCGAGUUUGCGGAAGCAAUCUUCAACUCCUGCUGUCGCCUCACUCACUGUUGGGGAUUUAUCGAUGGCACCGUGCGUGGCAUUGCAAGGCCCAAGUACUGGCAGCGAAUGUUCUACAAUGGGCACAAGAGGAAGCACGCCAUGAAGUUCCAAGGGGUAAUUACACCAGACGGGCUAUUUGUGGAUCUGUGGGGCCCCGUGGCGGGGACACGUCAUGACAGCUUUAUUCUAGCGCAGUCUGGGUUGAUGGAGAAGUUGUCGAUGCUAAACAGCCCUACAGGCCAUCCGUACUGUUUGUACGGAGAUCCGGCGUAUGGACUAAGCAACUACCUUGUCUGUCCUUUUAGCGCGUCAAGUGUCGGCCCUCGAACGCCAGAGAUGGCCGACUUCAACAAGCGUAUGAGCCACUGCCGCGUAACGGUGGAGUGGGGAUUCAAAGAGAUGACCGGCAAGUGGGUCUUGGUGAACAUGAAGCCGCAGCAGAAAUUCUCGCUAAGCCCUAUCGCCAAGCAGUACCGGGUAGCCACUCUGCUUUCUAACUGGCACUCAUGCAUGAACGGGGGCAACGAGAUUUCGCAAUACUUUGGCGUGGUGCCACUCACUUUCGAGGAGUACCUAGCGGUGUAAGUGCAAGAUGCACACACGUUGUGUGAGAAUUCUAGGCAUCUUCGGUGUUCCAGUCGUAAACCAAGACAAGUUUGCUGGCGUGAGCAAGUCGCGCACGAUAGAAUUUCCAAUUUUAUGUGAGUUGCGAAUGAUCAGCGCCAAGAUGAUUUUUUCUCCUUGGUCGUUUAGGUGGGCAAACGCGGGCGAUGCAGACGGCAAGCACGGACGGUGUAUGAAUAUCGUACGGGUGUGUAAGCAUUGCGUAACAAUCGGAUGCCGCGGUUAUUGGGGACAGUUAGUUUGGAGGGUUUUAACGGUUAACUUCCUGGGAGUCUAAUUGUUUGGUGCUAAGAAGUCGUCUCCUCCUUGCUGGUCAUUUAUGAUGUGGGCAAACGCGAGCGGAUGCAUAGGGGAAGUACGGAAUGUAUCGUGCGGGUGAAGCACUGCGCAAAAGACAGACGCCACUUGUUGGAUGCCAGUUUCAUUGUUCAACUGUUCCUCCUGAUAAAAGACUCCCCCGAACAGGCAAGCCUCCCCCGAAAAAAACGCGC